AUGUCAACAACAGAGAACACAACAACUGCUAUCGUUCAUGAAGCCAUAAGUGAAGAAUACGAGUACAUACAGUUUAACAAACAACUCCGUCUCAUUCGUUCGGUCAAAGAUGACAUGUACCAAAUGCAAAGUAUUUUGACAGCAUGUUUUGCACCAGACACUAAACACGCAGACGAUUGGUUCAAAAACCAAAGCACACAAGAACUUUUGAGUGAAAUUUCUCUAGACCGACUUUUUUCGGCCUUGCAUAAAACACAUGAAAAUCGCAAGAAUUUGGCUCCUGGUUUGAGAGGUUGGUAUGUACAUAGACUUUUAGUAAAUGCUGUUGCAAUGUGGGCUUCACCUCGCUAUGCAUGGCAUGUUUACAAACUUCUUGACGAAAUUCAUAGACAAGAACGUGAAGAGCUAGAGAACAAGCUUGAAGCAAAAGAUGAAGUCAUUGAAGCAAAAGACAAAAACAUACAGAAAAGAAUACCACGUUCGGUACCAAAAGGAAAGGAAAAGAACUAUAA